CGGAAAGCGGCCCUCGUCUGCUGCGCGUGUCGUGGGAGCGUCGCUGCCUGAGUUCGCAUCCGAAGCGGCUCGGGAGGUUUCGAGGCUCCGCUGCCCGGAUCCGGGGUUCCGCCCGCGUAUGCCCCUGGGAGCGCGCGCCGCAGUGUCCAGCGGGGGACAUGGUGGGGUUCACGGUCCCCGCGGAAGUCAGCGUGUUCUUGCUCGAUAUAGAAGGCACCACCACUCCGAUCACGUUUGUCAAGGAUAUUUUGUUUCCCUACAUCAGGGAAAAUAUUCGAGAUUACCUAGACACCCACUGGGAGGAAGAAGAAUGCCAGCAAGAUGUUGGCCUGCUGAGAAAACAGGCUGAAGAAGACUCCCAUAUGGAGGGAGUGGUGCUUAUCCCACUGGAAACCAGGGACGGGGAAGAGGAGGUUGAACGUGUCAUCCAGGCAGUUGUAGACAAUGUCCUCUGGCAAAUGUCUUUGGAUAGGAAGACCACAGCUUUAAAACAGCUCCAAGGCCACAUGUGGAGAGCAGCCUAUGAAAAUGGCCGCUUGAAGGGAGAGUUCUUUAAGGAUGUAGUUCCAGCAGUGAGAAAGUGGAAAGAAGCAGGAAGGAAGGUGUAUAUUUAUUCUUCUGGGAGUGUGGAGGCACAAAAGCUUUUGUUUGGGAACUCUACAGAAGGUGAUAUUUUAGAGCUCUUUGAUGGUCACUUUGACACGAAAAUAGGCCCUAAAGUUGACAGUGAGAGUUAUCAGCGGAUUGCUGCAAGCAUUGGAUGUGCCACAAACAACAUUCUAUUCUUGACGGAUGUCACUCAAGAAGCAGAUGCUGCCGAAGAAGCGGACAUGCACGUGGCUGUAGUGGUCCGGCCUGGCAAUGCAGGACUGACAGAUGAUGAGAAAUCGUACUAUAGACUCAUAACCUCUUUCAGCGAACUGUUCCUGCCUUCCUCUGCUUAAGAUAUGCACCUGGGACUAAGGAAGGGUGGGGGGAAAAGAGGGAGAGGCAGCUGAGAAAAUUCUCCUUACCAUUUGUUGUCGUUCUUGAUAAGAGUCUUGGAGAGAGAAAUAUUGGACGGUUGACUUCCCUGAUGGCACAAAAUUGAACCUGAUGGGAAAUUGCUAGUUCUGUGAUCGUACUUCAUCCCGAGCAAUCAUAAAGCCCUCUAGUUGUUGGCUUACUUUCUUUGGAAUUGCGAAUGGAGGAUUCAAGAGGUACAGUUCAAAGAAGGUUCUCCAGCCUGAGGCCUUUUUGAGGUCAACCAGGGGGUGCAAAUCACACCUCCCGUUCACUUCAAAGGGGCCAGUGCCGGAGGCUUUCCUUAUGGAAUGUGUCUUGUGUGGUGCCUCAAGCUCAUUUUUUACUAGCAUCAUGCUUUAUUGCAAGUUUUUUUAACUCGUUUUCUGUUCUUCGUUCUUGUUUGGAAUGAUCAUAGGUGAAAUCAGACUACAUUAGGUCGAUUCUUUGCAAAUGUUGCAAACUGAACUCUCUGGACCAUUUGUCUUGAAAAGAGAAGGAAAUCAGUGCAGGCACUGUUAAGUCAAACAUGUAAGCUAGGAGAAAAGACCUGCCAACUCAGUAUGUCUGCAUGUGGAAGGCAUGAUUGAUCCUGUGUUACGGGAGAACUGCAUGAUUGCUCAAAGGCUGUCAUACUUAUCUGGGGAAAGUGGUGCUUUCUUGGGAUCAAACUGAUGGAAAAAUUAAAUCUAAAUCCUGCAGAUUAGUACUUUAGAUAUUGCACUUGAAGGUGGAAAUGGAGACCCAAUUGUUUGUGACUUCACUGGCACAAGCAGUGCCACUUGUUCCUUGUAUGUGCAGCAGUUCAAGAACAGUAAGCAUAUCUCAGUGUCAGCACCUUUUCCUUUCUGUUGAUUGAUUUUUCAAGGCUCCUGGGAGUUUCAGCAAGCCAAAAUGGAAGUGCUUGUUUCUUCAGCAUGCUGCACAUUUAUGCUCUAAGUAGUGUUCUGCCUCACAAAACCUUGUCCCUUUUCACUAUGGAUGAAAGGGGAACAAUCCCAAGUCAUACUGAAUGAGGCUAAUGCCAAUAUUUUUUCCAUCUGACCAAGAUAUUUUGGAGUUGUGUCCUUGCUUGGAAAUAGGCUUGUUGUAACAACUGCAAAGCUGGACAAAGUACUGAAGCCAUAAGAUGUCAAGAACAUCCCGGUUUGGCUGGAUGACCAGAGAAUCUAAUAUAUGCUGCCUGGAGUCUUAAUGGAACAAGCGCACAAUAUCUAAUCCCUAAUUUGAUGUCCUCCGUAUGUAUGUGAUGAGCAGCCCUUCCAGUAUUUGAGGGUGUUGUUAGAAUCAGCCUUACUGUUGUGUUCCAGGUGGAAAGGUCUUGGUGUUCAACACAGAUGAGUGGCUGGCCCUGAGAAUCACACUGUACAAUCCAUGAUGGAAAAGUCAGAUAUGGUAUUAAAAUUCUCAUGUAUUAAGUUUAUAAAUCCUUUCCCAUUCUGGAUGCUAAUGGAGAGUGGCUCCAUAUUGCCGAUGUAGUCAACAUCAGCGUAGGAUUGUUGCCUUGUGGUGCAUGUCUUGUCUUUAAA